AUGACAUCUUCAAGUGUCUUCAGAAUGGACAUAGCCAUCAGCGCCUCUUGGUUAUUGCCACUGAUCUUAACCGGCAUUGUAGCAUUCUUGUUGUGGACAAAAUCCAGACGUAAUUUUCCUGACAAAAUCCCGCCAUUUCCAUCCCAACCUUGGCCCAUUUUGGGACAUUUUUGGGAGAUACGAAGUAUUUCUAGAGACAAAAUGAAAGCGUGGAGAAAGGCAGCUGGAGAUAUCUACAGUUUAGAUAUUGGAGGAGAACUACAUAUUCUUGUUAAUGAUUACAACUUCAUCAAGGAAAUCUGGGUCAAACACGCGGAUUAUAUUGUGAACAGUCAGCAAUCUUUUGCUGCCGAAAUCCUCGCUGAGAGUAAUAAAGGCAUCAUUUCUGCGAGGGACGAUAACUGGAAGGAACAACGGACAACUUCCUUAUCUAUUCUUCGAUCAUUUGGCAUGGGGAAGAAUGUUAUGGCCGAGAAAAUUCAAGAAGAGGUCUCUUACACUCUAGAAAAAUUGGGGUCUUUCAAAGGUCAACCGGAAGACGUCAGGUUACUUCUAAACGUUAGUGUGUCAAACGUGAUUUGUUCCGUUGCUGUCGGACAAAGAUUUGAGCAUGACGAUCCAUAUUUUGUUCGUUUUAUGAUUCUGUUAAGAGAUGCACUGAAAUAUAACAGAUCUGUAGCAAUCCUAACACCUUUUAAAUAUCUCUACUACCUUCCUGGUGACCUCUUCCACGCAAAGAAAUGGACAAAAGCUUCAACUGAAAUCAAUGAAAGGUUCGGCAAGGUAUACAUUAAUAAACUCAAACAGGCUUUUAAAGAAAACGAAGACCCAGAGAAUUUUGUUGCCGCCUACAUUAAGGAGAUGAAGAAGUUGAAAGACAAUGGCGUUGAUACAAACCUCAGUGAAGAAAACCUCGUAGCCAUUAUGAGGCUUCUCUUUUUAGCUGGAACUGAAACAACAAGCAUCACCAUUUUAUGGUGCCUUCUCUACAUGCUGCAUUACCCAGAUGUGCAAGAGAAGGUCUAUCGUGAAAUUGAGGCUCAUGUUGGAACUGAACGUAUUCCUAACAUGUCUGAUAAACCUAAACUAGUCUACCUGAACGCAGUUAUCAUGGAAACACAGCGUUUUGCCAGUCUUAUACCUGUUGGUAUCAUGCGAGAAGUCAGCGAUACGUUUGAAUUGGGCGGUUUCACAUUUCCUAAAGGAAGUAUUCUUUGGCCAGUCUUGGACUCUGUUCACAACGAAAAGAAAAUCUGGGGUGAUCCAGAGAACUUCCGGCCUGAAAGAUUCAUCGACGCAAACGGAGCUCUCAUCCAUCGCGAAGAACUGAUACCAUUCUGUAUUGGCAGAAGAAUGUGUUUAGGGAUGGCACUGGCUAGAAUGGAGCUGUUUCUGUUUCUGUCAGCGAUGUUUCAGCGCUUCAAAUUUGAACCAGCUGACAACUCGGGUAUAUUGCCAACACUGAAAGAGUCUUUUGGAACCUCGUGUGUACGUCAGCCUUACAAAAUCAAAUUCACAUCUCGUAGAGGCCUUGUAUAG